AUGCUCUUAGCUCACAAAGCCGUUGGUGGGUUUCUGACUCACUGCGGUUGGAACUCCAUUCUCGAAAGCGUGGUUAGCGGCGUUCCGAUGAUCGCUUGGCCGCUUUUUGGGGAUCAAAAGAUGAAUGCAACGCUGCUCAAUGAGGAGCUUGGUAUUGCUGUCCGAUCUAAAGAACUGCCGUGGGAGGGAGUGAUUCCGAGGACGGAGGUCGGGGUAUUGGUGAGAAGGAUUAUGGUGGAAGAGGAAGGCUGUGAGAUGAGAAAGAAGGUGAAGAAGCUGAGAGACACGGCGGAGAAGUCGGCACAUGGAUCGCUGUCGAAAGUCGCCGAGGAAUGUGAACAUCUUUUGGACCAAGAAGGCACGGCGCGUGGUGCCUAA